AAGAGGCAAAUCUGCGUGUGGCUAGAGAAAGACCCGCCUCCUGCGCUUCCUACACUCACAGCUCCUUCCCGGCACGCACUGCUCGCUCUCACUGGACUGCGCUACCUACCCAACACCUAUACACCCGCCCCGGCUCUGCUGCUGCUGAUAAGAGCGCUUGUUCCCAGCACCCGACAGACGUGACAGGUGGGAGGGGACAGCCGGUGCGCCUGGGUAUAAUACCGAGAGCCGAGCGCCACUACUAAUUGGAAUAGACAUUUAUUGGGUAUUGGAACAUGGCGGAAGGGACUGCAAAGACUUCCCCGCAGAGUCCCAGUGUUUCACCCGUGAUUCCAGUGAUGGACAGCUUUUUCAAGACUGACGAAAGGCUAAGACUGGCAAAAGAAAGACGGGAGGAAAGAGAAAAGUGCCUUGCUGCCAGAGAGCAACAGAUCCUGGAAAAAGAAAAAAGGGCCCAACUACAGUAUGAAAAGCAGGUGGAAGAGCGUGGGAAGAGGUUGGUGGAGCAGCGAAUCAAAGAAGAUCAGAAGAGAGCAGCAGUGGAAGAGAAGAGGAAGCAGAAGAUCAAGGAGGAAGAAGAGCGCUUAGAAUCCAUGAUGCGUCGCGCCCAGGAACGCAGUGAGCAGUUGGAGCAGAAACAGAAGAGAUGGUCCUGGGGUGGGGCCCUUGUGGCAGGAGCCGGCAGAGAUGGUGAUUCAGAGUGUCCCCUUGCCCCUGAACUAGCUUUAGCUGCCAACACCCUUCUUCCAGACUCUGUGACCUCUGCAGCUGCCGAAUCCUCCAAUGCCUGUGACAAACUUUCAUCCUCUACAAUGAGUCUACAAAGGCCAGUGGAGUCGCCAAUCAGUAAGAGGCUCUCCGCUUCUACAGCGGCAAUCACACAUUCCCUUGACAGAGCCCAUCGCAUGCACCUUAGCCCCAGUGAAAAUUUCAUUGUCUCUCGACUGUUGACUCCAACACAUUCCUCUUUAGCCAGGAGCAGGAGUAUGGCUGUACUCAAUGAACCAUGUCACUCACUGUCAGUCUUUCAUGUCUGUCCUCGUGUAGCACCUGCUAGCCCCCUUAAAUCUCCCUUCAAAUCCUCUCCUGUACGGAGUGCAGAACGACGGAAGAACGUGCCACCUGGAAAUGGGUCCGAUGGCGUUAAAACCCCCACAUCUCCAGACUCUGUACAGACAGAAAAACUGAAGAAAGAAAAGAGGUCCACCACUCCGGUUCAUACAAGUGCAGUUGCUUCCACUCUCCGCAGAUCUGAGUCACCAGCCACUUUCUCCAAGAGAUCAUCCUCUCCAGCCACCUCAAAGACACUUCCAAAGUCAUGCUCACAAUCUCCAGUGAAGGCAACCAAGCUGCAUCCUGCUUCCCCUGUCAGGUUCCAAGGGGCCCCUCAUUUUGGCCAGGAGACACCCAAGAAGAAAACUGAGAAAGAAGUAUCCAGCCCUAGGGUUGAGAAUGUACCAGCAGCUGAUGCUAUAAAAUCUGAAAAAAGUGCCAGCUCUGCAGGAAAGACAGAGACUGAAAGUACAGGAAACACUGGAAAGACCACUGCUGGCACAACUGAUGCAGAGGAAGCUGCAAAAAUCUUGGCAGAGAAGAGACGAAAAGCUCGACUACAGAAAGAGCAAGAGGAACAGGACAGGCGUGAGCUAGAGGAACUGGAGAGGCAAAUAGAAGAAGAGACAAGACAGAAAGCUGAGGAAAAAAGAAUUCGCUUGAAAGAGGAAGCAAGAAAACUGGCGGAGAAGAGAAAGCAAGAAGAAGAGGAAGCUAAAAGAAAAGCAGAAGAAGAAGCUAAGCUGAGAGCUGAAGAAGAAAGAUUACAGAAGGAAAAGCAGGAAAAGAAAAUGCAGGCCUAUUUGGAAAAACAGAAGGAAGAGGCUGAGGUGAAGGCUCGGGAAGUGGCCGAAGCAAUGAGAUUGGAGAGAGAGCAGAUCGUUCAGCAGAUUGAACAGGAGCGUCUGGAGAGGAAGAAGAGAAUUGACGAGAUCAUGAAAAGGACCAGGAAAAGUGAGGCCCCAGAAAUCAAGAAAGAACAGUUGAAGCCGGAGAUUCCACCAUCUUUGAAUUUAGAAAAUACUGCAAAACCAGAGGAAAAUGUACAAGUCAAUGGGUUGUCCAGUUUCCAGGAAUGUAAACCUCCAGCAGCCCAAAAGCUAGAGAGCAGGUCCCAGGAAAUGUUAACUAAUGGCCUCAAACCAACUGCUGAGCUUUAUCCUUUGGAAGGAUAUGAUGCUAAAUGCAACAGUAUUGAUGAUUCUACUGAUGAAGUCCAAUCAAUGGAUGUGAGUCCAGUUUCUAAGGAAGAGCUUAUAUCUAUACCAGAGUUUUCACCAGUGAAUGACCUUAUUCCCAGUAUGCCCCUGGGCCAAAAUGGGACGAGCAAUUCUAGAGCCUUGGAGGAUCUUCUAGACUUCACUGGCCAAGCAACGUACUCCAAAAUAUCAAGGUUGGCGCUGUAACCUGGCAAAUGAGACGCUUUGAGACAACUACGCUGCUGGCGCUGAGACAAUGAGCUGCUUCCGGCGGAUCUAGAACACUGGAUUUAUAAUAUCAGGGCUGAACAUAAUUUGCCAGUCUCUUUGUAUAAUGUUGUUAAAGAGGUCUGCUUCAGCGCGGACUGCACCUCAGCCGCAUAUCAUUUUCACAUAGAAAUUUCUUUGGACUAGAAAACAAUCUUGUCUUUAUUGGCACAGUGAGUAGUGUAAUAAUCGGAUUCCAUACAAGUCGCUUUUCAUUUCAGCUCUUCGAAUCGGAUCUGUAACAUAGGUAGGAGGUCACUGGAAGAAUUGAAUGUAUAUUGAGCACUUUACAUAUCAGGUACAGAUUAGCCUGCUCCUUGCAAGAUCACAUAAAAACCUACAAAUUAUAUGUGUAAGGUAUUAAUACAUUGGCACAAGCUCUCUAAAUGGCAGUGUUGCUUUAUAAACGCAGAGUGCCCGGCUGCUGAAGAACAGGUGUGUGAUAAAUCUGAUUACGGUAUACCAAAAAUAAGAUUCUGUUGAGAAGGUCGAACGAUCAGUAGCUUGGUUAAGUUGUAAUUACCGAAAAGUUGGAUUAGAAGAUGCAAAUAGGGGUCUUCCUUGUUGGCUAUUGCUGAAUAAUUGCACAAUGCUCCAUAGAUAAGGAAAAACAAAUCCUGAUGAGGAAUUCUGACUUCUAAAAAGAAAUUCGGUUUUGUUUAGUGCAUAAAAUACUCCUUGGUACUUUCUCCGA